AUGGCCUCAGCCUUGGAGAUUUUCCUGGCAGCCCUGUCCUUUGCCUACUUUGCCAAGGCACUGUCUGGCAGCUACAUGAAGAGCACAAUCACACAGCUGGAGAGGCGCUUUGACAUCCCAACUUAUCUGAUCGGCAUUAUAGACGGGAGCUUUGAAAUUGGGAAUUUGUUGGUGAUUGCGUUUGUCAGCUAUUUUGGUGCAAAGCUCCACCGGCCUAAGAUCAUAGCGACCGGAUGUGUCUUGAUGUCUUUUGGAACCUUCUUGAUCGCCAUGCCUCAUUUUAUUAUUGGCCGCUAUAAGUUCGAAACAUCAGUUAGAUCUGCAGUGAAUUCAACCACUAACCUCUCUCCAUGUCCAGCAAGUUCACCUGGGUCGAUCAGGGCAGGUGACAGGCCCUCUACACUGCCUUCUGGAGGUGAGCCCUGGUGUGAGCGAGAGUCCGGUGUCUCCAUGUGGAUCUAUGUGUUCCUGGGGAAUGUUCUGCGUGGGAUUGGAGAGACUCCAGUCCAGCCUUUGGGAAUCUCCUACAUAGACGAUUAUGCGAGCUCUGAAAACGCUGCCCUCUACAUUGGCUGUAUCCAGACCAUAUCUAUUAUUGGGCCUGUCUUCGGGUACUUGCUGGGAUCUUUGUGCGCCAAGAUCUAUGUUGACAUCGGUUACGUGGACAUGGAGAGCGUGACCAUCACUCCAGGAGACGCCCGUUGGGUGGGGGCCUGGUGGUUGGGCUACAUCAUCGCGGGCAGCAUCACCCUAAUGUCUGCUGUGCCCUUCUGGUUCCUGCCCAAAUCCCUGCCAGUGCCCGUGGAUAAGCACGAUUCCAGCUGCACCCCCGAGCAAACCAGGUUCAUCAAGGACUCCCCAGCUAUGGAGCACAAGUUCAGACCUGAGGAGCCAGCUAAUUUGCACGAGAUGGCCAAAGAAUUUUUGCCCACACUGAAGAGUCUUCUGGGGAAUCCUGUGUACAUCAUCUACAUAUGUGUGACGAUCAUACAGUUCAACUCUCUCAUCGGUAUGGUCACGUACAAGCCCAAGUACAUUGAACAACACUACGGGCAGUCAGCAUCCAAAGCCAACUUUCUCAUGGGAAUGAUCAACAUCCCAGCUGUGGCCCUGGGGAUGUUUUUUGGGGGAGUUGUCAUGAAAAAGUUCAAGCUCGGCGUCAUGGGAGCAGCUAAAUUUGCUUUUGUGACAUCCCUACUGGGCUACUUCCUGUCACUCUUCUUCUUUGCCAUGGGCUGUGAGAACUCCAAGGUGGCGGGCAUCACUAUUCCUUAUAAGCAGCACUCCCUCUUCUCUGACUGUAACUCGGGGUGCCUGUGCUCUGUGAGAGAUUGGGACCCUGUCUGUGGAGAAAAUGGUGUUACCUACUUGUCUCCAUGCCUGGCUGGCUGUAACUCCUCCACCGGCUCUGGCAGAAACACGGUGUUUGACCAGUGCAGGUGUGUGUUGCUGGCCGGUGCCCAAGCAGGUAACCUGACUGCUACACUGGGUCAGUGCCCACACCGGCAGAGCUGUGACAGGGUCUUCCCUUACUUCCUGGCUCUGUCCGUGCUAACUUCCUUCAUCAUCUCCCUGGGAGGAACACCCGGCUUUGUGCUGCUAAUCAGGUGCAUUAAGCCAGAGCUGAAAUCCCUCGCUCUAGGAAUCCACACACUGGCCACUCGGACCCUCGCUGGAAUACCUGCUCCUAUCUAUUUUGGGGCCAUUAUCGACACCACCUGUCUGAAGUGGGGGUACAAGAAAUGUGGAGGCCGGGGAGCCUGCAGAAUCUACAACACCUCAGCUUACAGGAUAGUUUACCUGGGUCUGACGCUGGGACUGAGGACAGCCUCCUUCUUCCUGUGUGUUCUGGGCUUUGCCUUGCUCAAAAGACAGAUGAGGAGAGAGGAGAAACACGACCUGACCAAUGGAACUACAGAGCUGGAGUCGUUAAGGAAAGAGGAGAACAACUCCAUGCAUUGUGAGCAGUUCAUAAAAGCUCUGGGCCACAACACAGAAAGAGAGACUCGCCUGUGAGCCGCCAUGCAACUUCUUCUCUCAUGCACAAAGGACAAUAUACCC